AUGGCUGUACUGAGUUCGGUCAUCCUCGUCAUAGCUACGUGUUUGAUGAGGUCAUGGAUGGCGGAGGCAGUCACGUGCUUCGGCAUGUCGACGUGCGAAAAUGGAGGUACUUGUGACGCACCCGAUUACUGUCUUUGUCCUCGAGGCUACUAUUCUCCACGAUGUGAAGAGUGUCGGCCGAUUGACCACUGCCUACAGGUCUUCUGUAACAGUUACUAUGACGCUCAGUGCGAUCAAUGCGAUGGUGACUUUGGCUCGGUGUUCGGGAGUGCCUACAAAAAGACCGGCGACCAAAGACGAUGCAUUAAACAGUGUUCCUGGAGAGCCGACAGCAAUGCGUGUUUCCCAGGCUCCUGCACAGACGCCCAGUGCACAUGCAGCAGUGGAUUCUCUGGAGCCGACUGCAGAACAAUGGAUGAGGCACAGGCCCCUGUUUUAUCGGAGCUCCGCGCAACGCUUCUCAUGGGAACCACCACCCUGGAAUUGGAAGGUGUCGGCAACGAUACCGCCACCCUCUACACCGGCGUACGCAACUCCACCGACAUCCGAAUCCACUGGAAGAGUUCCUACCAGCCCACGGGACUUCCAAACCCGAGCGCGGUGGACGGAACCGGACAGCCCGUGUAUCCUUACAUCGCUGAUGUCAACCUAGGCAUCGUAUCGGCCAGAGUCACAGCAUUGGUACACUUUGCCCAGGGUGGAACCUACGCUCUUGGUUCCGAAGACUGUCCUGCGGCCGGAUCGCAAGAUAACCCUGCAACCACCUUGGUCAUCUGUGAAUACACAUUCAGUAUUGACUACAGCGUUUGGACCCCUGCUAAUGGAGAUACAUUAAGGUACGAAGUAGACACGACGAACGGUGGAAACAUGCAACUCUACGACAGAGACAACUCCGAUACCAUCCUCACUCGGUACUACCUGGGCCAGACGGUCUCCGCCUCGGCCAAUUUCACCUUUGACCUUGACAGCCCGUACCACUGCCUUAAUAUCAGUGCCGGGUGUCGAAGCACCAUGCUGUAUGCUGGGGAGGAUGUCACCACAGAGGCGGAUAUAACGAUCACCUGGCAGGGCUGGGCUGAUGACCUGUCCGGCAUCGGCGAGUACGACCUGCAAGUACGUCAGCUGUCUGGUCACCACGGCGACGAGAUGACGGAAACCUUUGAUAGUCCCGCAGUCUACACUGGCACUGCCGUUUCGGGGCACACAGUCACGUUACCUCACACUGGUGUGUACUCCAUCGUACUAUCCGUCUAUGACAAGGCAGGCAAUGCCCAACUCACCAGACGCUUCGUGUUCUUCGACGACGACCCCGAUGACGUCACCAUUCAGAGCCACGCCGUUUUACGCGUUCUGUCAGCAAAUGCAGACACAGACUACAUGUGGAUAACGGAUCUGGGCCCAGCUAGCGGGUCAACCUCGGUGAUUCUGGACUGGCGGAACCGUUUUGCCAACACCCAUCACCACAGCCAGGGCUUGCUGAAACCCAUCGGCUUGUACGCUAGUGGCGAUAUUGAAAGCGACUACGACCAGAAUUUUGGUCGGCGUGGCCGCGCUGCAGUCCCCAACGCCCUCGGAGUGACAGAAUUCCGCGUCUUACACGCCAUCGACCACAGCGGCGGCCAAACCAUCCUCAACGCAAGCAGCGACGGCUCGCACAACUGGAGCAAUGAAAGCACCAACACACAGGCGACCUUUGACCUGACCCUGGUGGACGGCGAUUCCAUUCGGUUCUGGGUGGAGGCUAGCGACAUCGCGGGCCACUCUGUGAAGGACGGUGUGUUGACUCACGUCGAUUCCUCCCCACCGGUUAUUGAUGACGGCGACGGGAAUUUAGCCGUUCCCAGUUCUGCUGAUCUGGAUAAUGUUGGGAUUGCCUUUAAGACUUAUGACAUCCACAGUGGCAUCCGAACCAUUGAGUGGCGGAUAUUCACCAACGAGUCCGGUACAGAAGUGGAGCUGGCGCGGCAAACACUGCCCCCUGUGAAAAUUGACCCGGCCACAGAGGACUGUGAUCCAGCCAGCUGUAUGUGUAUCCCAAUCGGUGAUUGUUACGCCGUGUAUUAUGGCUUCAAUCCAGCUGUACACAUUGGGCCUCACACCUCGGAUUAUUUCGUCGGGUUGACUGUCACGAACCACGCUAGACUGGUAGCUACUACGACAAUCAAGGUCACCGUGGACUCUUCGCCCCCUGAAGCAGGCCUGGUGCAUGAUGGGAUACGCGGGUCCAACGAAGUGGACUACCAGGAGUUCAACGAACUCUCGGCUUACUGGGACGGCUUCUCGGACAAAGAGAGCGGGGUGGCUUUCUAUCGGUAUCUGUUUGACGAAUUGUGCUGGGACGACCCAGCAAUGAUGGACCUAGUGCAGGACAAUAUGACACAAACCACCGCAACCCACGCCAGCUGGACGGCCCCCUCCCCCGGCCGGUACUACGUCACCGUCGUUGCUUACAACACCGCCCAGGAAUCCUCGGACCCCGUCUGUUCCGACGGUGUCGUGAUCGACACCAGCCCACCAGAGUUGACGCAGAUUGCCAUCAGCUAUGCCCGGAUGUGGCCUGGUCUGGCCAAGGAUGCUGAGGGUCCGGUGUGGUUCAUCAACGAGCAUCGUAGGAAGAUGGAGCUGAUUAAUGCGUCCAGUGACUGCAGUUUGAUAGCCACCCCUGUCAACGAUUUGUCCGUUUAUCCUGACGUAACCGCCUCUAAGGCAAGGCCCCAACAUAUCAACUGCCAGACGUUCCAGGGUAUUGAAGAGAGAGUUUUCCUUCCGACCCAUAAGCAUGUGACCAUAUCCUGGACUGGAGUGGAUCCAGAGAGCUCAAUCUAUGACUACGAGAUCGGUCUGAGCAGUGACCCCUCAAACCCGACCCCUGACCUCGUGACCUUCAGGUCAACGUCAGGUCACGAUCACUUUGUGAUGUACCAUCCCCAUAUCAGCCAAGGAAACGUGUUCUAUCUGGUUCUGAAGGCCGUCAACAAGGCUCAAGCAUCCACCAUCAAGGUUGUCGGCCCAGUCAUAGUGGAUACCACCCCGCCCAUGUUUGGUGGGCGUGUCUCUGUCCAUGUGGAGAAUGAAUACUUGAUUGCUGAAUGGGGAGAUAGUGGCUUCAUUGAUGAUGAGGAUACCAGUCUGAGACACCAAGUUGCCAUCGGACACAGCCCUGGCGGUACAGAAACAUUCCCUUAUCAAGCUCAAGACGACCUGAAAGUUGGCCCCUGUCAACUGCGGACCUCCUGCGCUGCGUUCUCAUUGGAUGAUCUAGGCUGGCGUCUCCAUGGUGAUCAUGAGUAUUACGUGUCGGUCAGAGCACAGAAUGGCGCUGGGUUAGCUACGGUGGGGACCUCAUCUGUCUAUAGACACAUCGUGCAGUUGCCGUCUGUGGGUGUUGUAUUGGAUGUCGCACCUCUUGGAGAAGCAGCAGAUGUCACUCUAGGGGUCGCCAAGGAUAUUGACGUUCAGACGGACACCACAAGCAUCUCAGCCCGCUGGUUUGGCUUUGAGCAUCCUCAUCUUGCUAUCAACUAUGAGAUUGCCGUCGGAUCAGAAGGAGGUGCUUCUGAUGUCAGCGGUGGUUUCAUCGACGUCGGCAAUGCAACCUUCUACCGACUGGAAGGACUGGCUCUGACACCACUCACGACCUAUUACGUGACCGUCCGUGCCAGUUCUGAUACCGGUAGCGUCAACGUUACUUCAGAUGGUGUCAAAGUCAUUCAGGAGGGUCAGGCACUGGAGGGAGCUGUGAUCAAGGAUGGACUGGGCUGUGAUCAAGAUGCAAUGUCUGUUCCAUCAGGAUUAUCCCACCACUCAUCUGUUGCUGGCCAACCUUGUCAGGAUGACACCACCUACCAGUCCUCUACCUCAGACAUCUCAGCUCGUUGGACCAUCUCUGAGAUGCUGCAGCCGUAUGUGACUAACAUCCUCUGGGCAGUUGAGCAAGAGCUUGAUACUUUCUCAGGCAAUGGUGCAUCAACAAUGGACUGGGUCUCAUUGCUUGAUUAUCAAGACCUUGGCAUGGCCUUCCAUCAUGUUGAGGCCAGUGUAGGGAUGAACGACGGAACACACAUCAGAUCUAAGGUCAAAUUCUGCCAUGAUGGUGUCUGCUUCCGGCCGAUUGCCAGCGAUGGAUUCUGGGUGUUAUCCCGACCUCCAGAGGUCGGCGAGGUCACGAUCAGCGACAUUGCAACAGAAGACAGCAGUACAGAGCUUAGCGUGGUCUUCCAGCCGUUCAUUCAUGAGUACAUCCAGCAUGAAGACCAGCUCGCCUUGAUGGAUCACUACGAGUGGAAUAUUGCAGUGGAGGGUGGCGCAGUAUUGAGCGAUUGGAAACUUGCUGAGAGUUUACUGGUUAGCGGGGAAAGGGCCCGUUUCACUGCUUCAUACAAUGGCCACCUGGACCCUCGUUUGUGCCACCGGUUGUCCGUGCGAGGUUUCAACAAAGCUGGCCUAUCCUCCAUCGCAACCACCAACCUUCCUGACUGCAUUGGUCUUUCCACUCCCCACGAUGUUAUUGAUGCAGAUCAUGAAGUUCAUUUGGAGCAGAACGCUGCGUGGCACGAACCAGACAAGGAUUACAUCUCCUCCACAACCUCGCUGUCAGCGGUCUGGCCGCAGCUGCGCCACAGGGCCUACGUCUGGGCGGCCAUUGAGGACAUCGGAACGACGGAGUUUGGAAACUUGGACGAUGGUCUGCAGUUUCCCUGUGAUCACCCGAUGCAAAAGGCGUGUGGUCAGACAGAUAAAGAGUAUGUCAAUGUCCCAGGCCUGUCCCUCCAACACGGCAGCCGUUAUCGUAUCUGCAUCCAUGCCAACCGAGUCGUCCUGCAACAUGAGACGUGGAACCAAACACUGCCCUCAGUGUCCAGCUGCAGCGACGGCGUUGUCGUGGAUACCACCCCGCCAACCCCGGGCUCUGUGUCGAUUGGCGGGGGACAACAUCAAGCAUUUCAGAGGUCAUCUUCGGAGUUGGCGCUGCACUGGGAUUCAUUCACCGACCAAGAGGAACACGGCCUGUCAUCACAUCAUGCAGGGAUCCAAUACUAUGAAUAUGCCAUCGGUUCAUUUCGGGGUGGCAGCGACGUUACUGACUUCACUCGUCUUGGUCUCACGGACAGCGUUAUCGUCAACAGUCUGAGACUGCAGCAUGGACACUCAUAUUAUGGCACCGUUAGAGCCUAUGACUUUGUCGGUCUAUUUGCGGAGGUGACGUCAGACCCAAUCAUCAUUGACGCAAUGCCUCCAGCCGUCAAUGACAGCUUCACUCUGAACAUUGGAGGCAGCUUCAUUAGGUCUACUACAUCUCUGUCAGCAAGUUGGGAGAAUGUAUUCUCGGAUAAGCAGAGCGGCGUGGCAUAUUACGAGUGGGCCGUGGGUUCACAUCCAGGCCAUGCAGACAUCAUGCCGUUCACACGAGAGACCUCAGAGUCUGGGACGAGUGACCCAUCACAGCCGUUACGCCUGCAGGAGGGUCACUCAUACUUUAUUACUGUCAAGGCGGUGGAUCAUGUCCAGCUGAUCAGAUCCAAGAGCUUCGGUGCCUACGUAGUCGACGCAAGCCCGCCAUUGGCCGGUCAUGUCUUUGACGGAGACCCAUCGACCAAUCACAGGGACCGGGACUUCCAGGAGGACCGGACGGCGAUUGGGGCAUCCUGGGAAGGGUUCCAUGACCCGCACAGCGCUCUCGUUGGCUAUUCGUGGUUUGCCGGGACGUGUCCGGGAUGCAGCGACGUUGUGCCACGGCAGCAUGUAGGCUUGGAAACAAGUGUAACUGCAGAUAGCCUGAACCUAGUGCCUGGUCUGACCUACUACGUGACAGUGACGGCUUGUAAUGCCGCUGACCUUUGUACCUCAGUGACCUCUGAUGGGGUCACGGUUGAUGAUUCUCCCCCUGUGGUGGGGCGUGUGUAUGAUGGCGGUCCUGGGGGUGGUGACAUAAGCUUCCAAUCUUCAAGGCUGCAGCUGCGAGCACAUUGGUGGGGCUUCCAUGACCCUCACUCAGGCCUCUCCCACUACGAAUGGUGCGCCGGCACGACACCAGGAGCUGAGGACAUUCUCCCCUCUACGCGCAUCGAGCUGUCGGAGGACACCCUGAUAUUCCUGUCAGAUUCAGACCAGAUGCCGAUCGGUACUGAUAUCUACGUCACGGUGCGCGCCUAUAACCGGCUUGGUUUGUGGAGUCAGGCUACGUCUAAUGGGUUCCGGGUCGACUCUAGCCUGCCUGAUGUGGUGAAUGCACCUGCUGUAGAUGAGACUUUUGGGACGGCUGUGCAAAAUACUCAGGUUCUCUGUGAUCUCAUUCGGAUAUCCUGGCGGUUCCAAGACCCAGAGAGUGGUAUUAAAGAACAAUACCUUUCUGUCAGCACGCAUCGUAACGGAGACAUCAAUAUCCCACCUAAAAAGGUGGCUGGGAGCGAGACGGACCACACAUUCACUAAUCUGACAUUAAGUGAUGGCAGCCGUUACUUCAUAACGGUGUCGGCCUGCAACUAUGCUGGUCUGUGCACGGAGAGCAAGGCAGAACCUUUAUUGGUUGACGCUAGUCCACCUUCACAAGGGAGGUUUGCCUCAGGCACAGAGAGUGCAUCCAAUCCUGAACUGACUUCCCCUGGACCAGAAUUAGCUACACCGACCACCCCGUCUCCAUACCACUCCGGCUGGAUGACUUGGCUGGAAGACCCUCGUACGUCCCUUGGUUCCUUGGCCCUUGCCUGGCUGGGCUUUGCUGAUGUACACUCUGGUAUCAGCCACUACUUGAUCUCUGUCGGACGCACCUAUGCCGGAUCCGAACUCACCCCGAGAGGACCAGUUCGCAUUGAUCACAGGAACAACAACAGCAUGCCAACAGACGAGGACACCCUACAGACAGCUGUCUUUCCUCUAGAGGGCAGUAUAACAGACCUUGAGCCUCCGUACCUAUACAUCUCUAUCUGGGCUGUCAAUGGGGUUGGGAUUUCAAGCGCUCGUCUUCACGCCGCCUUUGAAGCUUCUCCCACCUCCCCAAUAGAGGGCGCUCUUGUUCCAUUACAGGACUGUGUGGUGUCAACUUGCGAGGGACACUGCGCUUGCACCCAAAGCAACCGAGGGUGUUCAACGGGUUCGGAGAUUUGUAAUGACGUCUCCAACAGCAAUCCCAAUUCAGAGAUUGAAGUUCUAGAUGUCCUCGAUGUCAUGUUUGAUGGUAUUGAUUAUGGAAUUGAUAUUGAUGACACUGCCACUCAGUACAUGAUGGCUGCAGUGUGGCGAGUCAGUGAUCCUAAAGGACUGGAUAUCAAGUGGUAUGAGUGCAGUAUAGGUGACGACUCGUCUACACCCAGUCAACCGGCAGGCGUCUUUGAUCCAGCCAUGGAGAAGAUAUGGUUUGAUGCCGGACAAGAUAAUCACACAGUCAUCACCCUUAAUAAAGACCAAAAACUGACCAAAGGAGUUCAGUACUAUUUCUUCGUCCGUGCUUGGUAUGAUGCCAAUACUUACGCGGUAUUCAGAUCGGAUGGAAUCACACCUGACGUCACGCCACCAAAAGUCUCAACGGCUUCAAGUUUUAAGGUGAAAGAUCUUGCGAGAUCUGACUCACGCAAGGAUGAUGACUACUUGACGGACCCUAACACCAUCUUCAUUUCCUGGGAGGGAGUGUUCCGAGACGAUGCGAUGUCCCACUACCAAGUGUCUCUCAGCAUAUAUCCAGGAGGGGAAGACAUUGGCCCAUUUUCAAAUCGCACCCUACCAGCCGGUGAGUUUACAACCGGUUUGGCAGAUCUGGGCCUCCGUAGCGGACAGCGUUACUAUGCCAACGUGCGGGCAUUCAACAAAGCCGGUCUGCACACGCUCAGAAGCAGUGAUGGCUUUGUGGUCGACACAGAAAGACCACAUCCUGGCGUAGUGUAUGAUGGGAUAGGUCUUCACGAUGUCGAGUACCAGAACUUUAGCACGGUUAUCUCGGCCUCCUGGCAUGGCUUUGUGGAUCUGGAAUCCUUCAUAGACCAUUACGAGUGGUGCGUUGGACAGACCCCUAGCCCUGAAGACGAUGGCAUUCUGCCCUGUACCGACGUUGGACUCCAUCUGUCUUCCUCCAGAACUCUAGUUGUUCCUCUCGCAGAAGGAAUUCGGUAUUACUCCAAGGUCUCAGCAGUAGAUGCCGCUGGCUUGCAGUCUGUGAUUGUCACCUCUGAUGGAUUCGUUGUUGACACUUCUGCCCCCGAGCCGCUGGAACACAUCCAGCUUGGGGAGAACCUCCUCACGAACCCAUCCUUUGAAGGGAGGGAGGGGCAGGACCCGGUUCCUCACUGGGAGGUUGAACCUGGUAGUGAUGUGAGUGUGGAAGCUUCGGAGAGUAACAUCGCUCAAGAUGGUCGUUCAUUCUUGUCUCUCCACGGCGCAGUCUCCCAAACCUUCAACACAGUGCAGGGCAGCCACUACCGGGUCGUGGUCUUCGCGAGUCACGCCGUGCCGGCCCACAAUCCUUUGCUGAAUCAGGAAGGUCGCAUUGAGGCUCCGGGAUUGAAUCGCGUCUUCAGGUUGUAUGAUCGGCCGGCACACGGUCACUCAGACCAGAGUCUGAGUUCCGUCCGAUGGCAUCAGCACAGGUUUUACUUCACAGCCAGCGACGCUGCCUCCACUUUGAAAAUUUCCUCAGUGGGACAAUCAAACGGGAUCCUCUUGGAUAACAUCCAGGUCAGGCUGGUUACCACUGGGCCGAGUACCGGGAAUGGCUCCGUAGAAGUCCACACCCAGUUCAUUCACAGCUGGUCGUCCAUCCAGGCCAAAUGGCACUUCGUCGACCCAGAGAGCCCCAUUGUAGACUACAGCUGGGCAAUCGGUACAACGAGAGGCGGUACCCAGCUACAAAGCUUCACCUCCGUGGGGACGCAGACCGACGCCACCAACACUCGUCUGGGCAUGAAGCACGGUUCCCAUGUUCAUGUCACUGUGACCGCUAGAAAUGCGGCUGAUCUGGUUGCCGUGGCGACAUCUGGUCCAAUCAUAAUCGACUUCACAGCUCCUGUGAUUGAGUAUGUCAGUGACGGAGGGGAGGAAAAUGAUAUUGACUUCACUUCCAAUGACACGGAUAUUACUUUUAGUUGGUCAGCUUCCGAUCCUGAGAGUGGUAUUGAACACUGCGAGUGGGCAGUCGGUUUAGAGCCCGGGCUGGCUGACGUAAUUCCUACCUCACAGAUGCCUGCCGCCGUGUCCCCAGUGACUGCCAGUUUGCCUCGGGCGUCACUAGAGGGCCAGCGCCUGUAUACAACCAUCACCUGCCACAAUCACGCCGGCCAGUCCUCGUGGAAAUCCUCCGAUGGUGUAACCAUAGUUACGGAGCCCCCGAGCGCAGUGGCGGCUUUUGUUCGCGUGAAGACCGUGUCGGAGACCCAGUACUAUACACGGGACCGGCACCAGUCUCAAAAAGACGCCCUCAAAGCAUCAUGGGAUGGAUUUGCCGACCCUUUUGGAAUUCAUUUUUAUGAGUGCCACCUUAAUGGUCCCGAUGCUGUCACAUCCUGGACAUUUUGUGGAUCCACAUCAGAGACCAACCUGGAUUGGUCAGGUCUUAGCUUGGUUGAUGAUGCAACCUAUACCCUGUCAGUCAGAGCCAUCAAUCAUGCCGGUCUGACCAGCCAGGCUAUCAGUCAGAGCUUCUCAGUCGAGUCCUCGUGGCCCACGGUUCAUGCCUUGAGUCUGCUCAGGUCUUCCUGGCCGGGCAACACGACGGUUGAUCUUGCCUGGGAUGGCUUGUUCUCCUCCCCUUCCUCCUCCUUGGUCUAUGAGGUAUCUCUGGGUACCAUCCCAGGAGGUAGUGAUAUCAUGCAGUGGGUGGAGACCAUGGAGACUGGUAUGCGUGUCUCACCGCUGGCUCCCUUCACCGACUACCACUUGACGUUGACAGUCAUCAACGCGGCCGGCUUGUCGCAGACGGUCAAUAAAAUCAUCAAUAAUGAGUAGACCAGUGUUAUAGUUAAGUCCAUCACAAGUCCUUUACAGUCCUCGCAAGUCAACACAAGUCAUCACAAGCCCUCACAAGUCCUCUGAAGUCUACACAUUAGUCCUCUGAAGUCCACACAAGCCCUCCCAAGUCCUCACAAAUCCUCCCAAGUCCUCCCAAGUCCUUCCAAGUCCUCCUCCAAGGUCCUCUAAAUUCUUUUCAAGUCCUCACAAGUCAUCUCAAGUCCUCCCAAUUCCUCCAGGGUCCUCUCAAGUCCUCCCAGAGCCAAUCAAGUCCUCCCAGGUCCUCUAAAGUCCUCUCAUCCUCUCAAGUCCACACAAGUCCUCCCAGGUCAUCUGAAGCCCUCACAAGUCCUCACAAGUCAUCUCAAGUCCUCCCAAUUCCUCCAGGGUCCUCUCAAGUCCUCCCAGGGCCAAUCAAGUCCUCCCAGGUCCUCUAAAGUCCUCUCAUCCUCUCAAGUCCACACAAGUCCUCCCAAUUCAUCUGAAGCCCUCACAAGUCCUCACAAGUCCUCCUCAGUCCUCCCAGGUCCUCUCAAGUCCUCCCAAGUCCUCUCAAGCCCUUUCCAGUUGUCUCAAGUCCUCACAAGUCCUCUCAAGUCCUCAGAAUUCUUGUCAAUGUCACGUGAAUCCCGUCCCAAAUCAAGUUGCAAGCUAUCCAAAUGAAAUGCGACAGGGACACUAAUUCCUUUCAAUGUUUAUCCCGGCCUAUUUACCUCUGAAAGAAUUAGUAACCCCACUUGCGAUGGACUCGGCUACAACACUGGAAUAGACAUCAUGGAAGAAAUACACCAAUGCAAUAGUGUUAAUUACCAAAGCACAUGUCUACCAAUUUCGACUCUUACAACCCUACAUCAUUAUUACCCCCAUUGUAUGUAGAGCUCAGAGCUGGAAAACAGACUGAAGAUCAGGAAACAAUUAGUUACAUAUUGCAGAGUAUAGUUGGUAAAGGAAUUCAUAUAAUUUCAGAAUCUGUCAUCUAAAUCCAUACCAGAAUGAUCAUUUGCCCCUAUGUGGACCUUAUUAUUGCAGAAAAAAAAGCAUUAGACUCAGAAAGUAAGUACGUAGGCCUAUGUGUGCAUUAAACUUGUUCAAUUAAUUAAUAAUGGUAAGCAUUAGUUAAAUAUAUGUUGAUUUAAGAGAUAUUUUAUAAAUAUUAUACUCAUCCAUUU